CACAUUGACGCUCGUUACUCCUUCUUCCUCUCUCGCCCGAUUGCACUCCCUCCUAAACUAUGUUUGUUCCUACUCGGCUCCCUUCCUUCUGCCUGUACUAGUUAGUCAUCACCGACUUCUCCCUGCCUUCUCAGCUCGUCCGUCCUAUAUUCUCCACUAGGUUUACGUUACUUACUUGCCAGAAACUUAAGAAUUACUGCCACUUCCUUCUCCGUCAUCCUGAAGAUCUCCCGUCUCGUUGUGCUUUGCUGGGGAUGAUGAUGAUAAUGUUGAUAAUGUGUUACCUAGGAGCCUCUGGGAGGAAAAGGAACUGGAUGCAGACCCCUUGCCUUCGAGGUUCAAGUUUAUUGGAGAAUGGCUGAAGGACUGAGGAGGCCUGCCUGAGGCCAGCUGGCAGGGAAAGACAACAUGAGCCUGUAUUAUGGGAGAAUCAGAAAAGCCCUGGCCCAGCCUCAGUUGUUUGGAACUGCGUGUUUCCCUCGAGGUGCUCUGCCAGUUUCCGCUUCCGUGCCUCCACACGUGCUACUUCCACUGCCUGGGUUUCACUUCCUCCAGCUGAAUAAGGCUUUGUCCAGAGUCUGCAGGCCUCCUGGAGGGCCUGCCUCCUUCUCUCCAAGGAUGAGUCUCCAGGGGAUGUUCUGCUUCUCCCUGGGGCUCCUGUUCGGCUCUGUGCUCCUGGUGGCAUCAGCCCCAGCCAUGUCGGAAUCUCACGGCUGCAGCAACAAGGAGCAGCAGGUCACCGUCAGCCACACCUACAAGAUCGACGUGCCCAAAUCUGCCUUGGUCCAGGUGGAAGCUGACCCUCAGUCCCUCGCUGAUGAUGGGGCCUCUCUCCUGGCCCCAGGGGAUGCUGGAGAGGAACAGAACAUCAUCUUCAGGCACAAUAUACGCCUGCAGACACCACAGAAGGACUGCGAGUUGGUGGACAGCAUCCAGGACCUACUGGCCCGAGUGAAGAAGCUGGAAGAAGAGAUGAAGGAGAUGAAGGAGCAAUGUAGUGUACAGCACUGCUGCCAAGGAGCUGCUGAUGUGAGUCGCCUCUGCAGCGGCCACGGGACCUUCUCCCCGCAGACCUGCAGCUGCCACUGCGAGCAGGGCUGGGAGGGCGCCGAGUGCGAGCGGCCCGCCUGCCCCGGGGCGUGCAGCGGCCACGGGCGCUGCGUGGACGGGCGCUGCCUCUGCGACGAGCCGUACGUGGGGGUCGACUGCGGCUACCCCGCCUGCCCCGGGAACUGCAGCGGGAACGGCGUGUGCGUGCGCGGCGUCUGCCAGUGCCACGAGGACUUCAUCUCGGAGGACUGCAGCGAGCGGCGGUGCCCCGGAGACUGCAGCGGCCACGGCUUCUGCGACACGGGGGAGUGUUACUGCGAGGAGGGCUUCACGGGCCUCGACUGCGCCAAGGUGGUCUCCCCUCAGGGCCUGCAGCUGCUCAGGAGUACUGAGGAUUCCCUGCUGGUGAGCUGGGAGCCCACCAGCGAAGUGGACCACUACCUGCUCAGCUACUACCCCCUGGGGAGGGAGCUCUCUGGGAAGGAGAUCCAAGUGCCCAAGGAGCAGCACAGCCAAAAGAUCCUUGGUUUGCUGCCGGGAACCAAGUACAUUGUCACCCUGCGCAAUGUGAAAAAAGAGGUUUCCAGCAGCCCGCAGCAUCUGCUUGCCACCACAGAUCUUGAUGUGGCUGGCACUGCUUGGGUGACAGAUGAGACUGAGAGCUCUCUCGACGUGGAGUGGGAGAAUCCCCCGUCCGAGGUGGAUUACUACAAGCUGCGGUAUGGCCCCCUGACAGGGCAGGAGGUGGCUGAGGUCACCGUGCCCAAGAGCAGUGACCCCAAGAGCCGAUAUGACAUCACUGGUCUGCAGCCCGGGACGGAGUAUAAGAUCGUAGUUAUCCCCAUGAGAGAAGAACUGGAGGGAAAACCAAUUCUCCUGAAUGGCAGGACAGAAAUUGAUAGCCCAACCAAUGUGGUCACUGAUCGAGUGACGGCAGACACGGCCGCUAUCUCCUGGGACCCAGUGCAGGCGGUCAUAGACAAGUACGUGGUGCGUUAUACCUCCCCUGAUGGGGAGACCAAGGAGACGGCGGUCCCCAAGGACCACAGCAGCACCGUGCUGACGGGCCUGAGGCCGGGAGAGGCGUACAAAGUCCACGUGUGGGCUGAGAAGGGCGACCAGGAGAGCAAGAAAGCUGACACCAAGGCCCUCACAGAAAUUGACAGCCCAACAAACUUGGUUAUGGACCGGGUGACGGAGAACACGGCCACCGUCUCCUGGGACCCGGUGCAGGCCGUCAUCGACAGGUACAUGGUGCUCUACACCUCUGAGGAUGGAGAGACCCAGGAGGUGCCCGUGGGGAAGAAGCAGAGCAGUGCUGUGCUGACGGGCCUGAGGCCAGGUGUGGAGUACACGGUGUACGUGUGGGCCGAGAGGGGCGACCAGGAGAGCAAGAAAGCGGACACCAAGGUCCCGACAGAAAUUGACAGCCCUAAAAACCUGGUGACUGACCAGGUGACGGAGAACACGGCCACCGUCUCCUGGGACCCGGUGCAGGUCGACAUCGACAGGUACAUGGUGCGCUACACCUCUGAGGAUGGAGAGACCCAGGAGGUGCCCGUGGGGAAGGAGCAGAGCAGUGCUGUGCUGACAGGCCUGAAGCCAGGUGUGGAGUACAAGGUGUACGUGUGGGCCAAGAGGGGUGACCAGGAGAGCAAGAAAGUGGACGCCAAGGCCGCAAUAGACAUUGACAGCCCUAAAAACCUGGUGACUGACCGGGUGACAGAGAACACGGCCACUGUCUCCUGGGACCCGGUACAGGCCAACAUUGACAGGUACAUGGUGCUCUACACCUCUGAGGAUGGAGAGACCCAGGAGGUGCCCAUGGGGAAGGAGCAGAGGAGCGCCGUGCUGACGGGCCUGAGGCCAGGUGUGGAGUACACGGUGUACGUGUGGGCCAAGAGGGGCGACCAGGAGAGCAAGAAAGCAGACACCAAGGUCCCGACAGAACUUGACAGCCCUAAAAACCUGGUAACUGACCAGGUGGCGGAGAACACGGCCACCGUCUCCUGGGACCCGGUGCAGGCCGACAUCGACAGGUACAUGGUGCGCUACACCUCUGAGGAUGGAGAGACCCAGGAGGUGCCCGUGGGGAAGGAGCAGAGCAGCAUCGUGCUGAAGGGCCUGAGGCCAGGUGUGGAGUACACGGUGUACGUGUGGGCCAAGAGGGGCGACCAGGAGAGCAAGAAAGCAGACACCAAGGCCCCAACAGACAUUGACAGCCCUAAAAACCUGGUGACUGACCGGGUGACGGAGAGCACGGCCACUGUCUCCUGGGACCCGGUGCAGGCCGACAUCGACAGGUACAUGGUGCGCUACACCUCUAAGGAUGGAGAGACCCAGGAGGUGCCCGUGGGGAAGGAGCAGAGGAGUGCCGUGCUGACGGGCCUGAGGCCAGGUGUGGAGUACACGGUGUACGUGUGGGCCAAGAGGGGCGACCAGGAGAGCAAGAAAGCGGACACCAAGGCCCCGACAGACAUUGACAGCCCCCAAAACCUGGUGACUGAUCAGGUGACGGAGAACACGGCCACCGUCUCCUGGGACCCGGUGCAGGCCGACAUCGACAGGUACAUGGUGCGCUACACCUCUGUGGAUGGAGAGACCCAGGAGGUGCCCGUGGGGAAGGAGCAGAGCAGUGCUGUGCUGACAGGCCUGAGGCCAGGUGUGGAGUACACGGUGUACGUGUGGGCUGAGAGGGGCGACCUGGAGAGCAAGAAAGCGGACACCAAGGCCCCAACAGAACUUGACAGCCUUAAAAACCUGGUAACUGACCAGGUGACGGAGAACACAGCCACUGUCUCCUGGGACCCGGUGCAGGCCAACAUUGACAGGUACAUGGUGCACUACACCUCUGAGGAUGGAGAGACCCAGGAGGUGCCCGUGGGGAAGGAGCAGAGCAGUGCUGUGCUGACGGGCCUGAAGCCAGGUGUGGAGUACACGGUGUACGUGUGGGCUGAGAGGGGCAACCAGGAGAGCAAGAAAGCAGACACCAAGGCCCCCACAGAAAUUGACAGCCCGAAAAAUCUGGUGACUGACCGGGUGAUGGAGAACACGGCCACCGUCUCCUGGGACCCGGUGCAGGCCGACAUCGACAGGUACAUGGUGCGCUACACCUCUGCGGAUGGAGAGACCCAGGAGGUGCCCGUGGGGAAGGAGCAGAGCAGCAUCGUGCUGACGGGCCUGAGGCCAGGUGUGGAGUACACGGUGUACGUGUGGGCCAAGAGGGGCGACCAGGAGAGCAAGAAAGCAGACACCAAGGCCCUGACAGAAAUUGACCCUCCCCAAAACUUUCAUCCAUCCAAUGUGACACGGUCUGGUGGGGUAUUGACCUGGACACCCCCCUCUGCUCAGAUCGAUGGCUACCUUAUGACCUACCAAUUCCCAGAUGGCACUGUCAAGGAGGUACAGCUUGGACAGUGGGACCAGAGGUUUGCAUUGCAAGGCCUUGAGCAGGGUGUCACCUACCCCAUGUCCUUGGUUGCCUUUAAGGGCGAUCGCCGGAGCAGGAGUGCAUCCACCACCCUGUCCACAGUUGGUGCCCGUUUUCCACACCCUGCGGAUUGCAGUCAGGUCCAGCAGAACAGCAACGUCGCCAGCGGCCUGUACACCGUCUACCAGCACGGUGAUGCCAGCCGGCCCCUGCAGGUGUACUGUGACAUGGACACCGAUGGAGGCGGCUGGAUUGUCUUCCAGAGGCGGAACACUGGGCAGCUAGAUUUCUUCAAGCGUUGGCGGAGCUAUGUGGAAGGCUUUGGCGACCCCAUGAAGGAGUUCUGGCUUGGACUUGACAAGCUACACAAUCUCACCACUGGGACUCCUACCCAGUAUGAGGUGAGAGUGGACUUACGGACUGCCAAUGAGUCUGCCUACGCUGUGUAUGAUUUUUUCCAAGUGGCCUCCAGCAAGGAGCGGUAUAAGCUAACAGUAGGGAAAUACAGAGGCACGGCAGGGGACGCUCUCACUUACCACAAUGGAUGGAAGUUUACAACUUUUGACAGAGACAAUGAUAUCGCCCUCAGCAACUGUGCCUUGACGCAUCAUGGCGGCUGGUGGUACAAGAACUGCCACCUGACCAACCCCAACGGCCGGUACGGGGAGACCAAGCAUAGUGAGGGGGUGAACUGGGAGCCGUGGAAAGGACAUGAAUUCUCCAUUCCUUUUGUGGAGUUGAAAAUCCGCCCUCAUGGCUACAGCAGGGAGCAUGUUCUGGGGAGAAAGAAGCGGGCGCUAGGAGGGAAGACGAGAACGUUCUGAAGGCCCAGCUGCACAGUCGUCGCAAGAGACAAGAGCGGCUCGGGUUGGGGCUGUGUAAGCUUGGGGUGGGGUGGGCAGAGACGACUGGCUAAUGGCAGUUUGAGGGAUGCACGUAGACUUUAGUUUCUGAGAUCACUGAUAACCUGCAGGACCUCUGUAAUUCAAAGCGUGUCACCAAGUUCAAAUCAUAGAGGUUUCUGCCCUGUCACCUGCAUUUUUGCCCAUGUGAUGUUAUCUAUACUGGGGUUUCUGAAAACCAACAAAAUAAUAAUUGCACAGUGUGUAUGGGAAAGAUGGCACUGGAACUGCAAAGAUUCUCAGCCAGUCUCCUGUAAAAAAUAUAUUGGAUUAGGGCAAAAAUAAAUAAAUGAAUCCUCCAGCACUUCACCAGUUAGAAAGCUCUAGGAAAAAUAUUUUUUUUUUUCUUUUUUUAAAAAAGCUCUGAUAAUGCAAAUCUUCUUUCUGGAAAGAAUCACCAACGAGGGGAUCUGGUUACCAAGGGGUCAGCACUAAGGUGGCUCAAUGCUAGUUAUCUCCUGUUCCCACUGGGUUUUGAGGAAAAAGUUGUCCAUCUCUCCCCUUUCCUUCAAUUGCUGAUGCCAUGAGGAAGAAUAAAGAGAACAAAAAAGGGACCAAGAUGGAUUUGCAUUUAGCUAAAUUCUACUAGUAUCCAGCAUGCUAGAAACCAAAGCUUCUACUUUACUGCUAUUUUUAAGUGCCCCCUUUCCAGCCAUUUGCAUAAUCACUUUCAUAGAUCUGCAUAUGUUGUGAAUAAAUUCUCACUCAUUUCAGCUUUAAGCUAUUUGACUCUUUUGAUAAUUGGUACCGCCCAAAGACUCUUUUCUACAACUCCCUUUCAUGCCCCUUAAACCCUCAGUGCCUCCCUUUCCCGGCUCCCCACUCUUUUGGACUCAGACCUCACUGAAGUUGCUCACCUCUUUGAGGCUUACUGUUUGAAUGGAGACUUGGCAAGGUCAGAUCCUGUUUACUUAUUUUCCCAUCAUUUUGGAAGGUUUUCUGUAGUGAAUUCAGUGGCUUAAAUUCCUAUUCAAGAAAAAAAAUAAA